AUGUUAUCCGAAGUACGACCAGAUGCUGGGUUUAUUAGUGAGGCCGAUCUCCGAGCUGCUGAGAUCGUACGGCCUGAAGAUGUGCUGAAACUUACUUCAAUUACGCAAGACUAUCUUUGCAAACCGUCCUCCAAUAUCUAUGACAUUGAAUUCACUCGAUUCAAAAUUCGCGACUUGGACACUGAUCAAGUAUUAUUCGAAAUAGAAAAGCCGCGAGAUGACGCUUCUGAGUGUGAAGACCAACCUACGGAAACCGCUCGUUACGUUCGCUAUCGGUUUUCUGAAGACUUUUUGCAUCUAAAGAGAGUUGGCGCUACAGUGGAAUUCGUUGUCGGCAGCAAACCAAUAAACAAUUUUCGGAUGGUAGAAAGACACUUUUUCAAGGACAGGUUGUUAAAGAGUUUUGACUUCGAGUUCGGAUUCUGCAUUCCAAACUCAAAAAACACGUGCGAACACAUCUAUGAGUUCCCUCAACUCAGCCCUGAAUUAGUGAAGGAGAUGGUGGAAUGUCCAUACGAGACCCGUUCUGAUAGUUUCUAUUUCGUGGACGACAAGCUCAUUAUGCAUAAUAAGGCUGACUAUUCAUAUGAUGGUUAA